AUGUUGUGGAGUUUCUACUAUUUCAUAAGCAUAGUGGCAGCCUCUGUUACCUUACAGGGUUGUCACUUUGACACCACCGUCAAGUCUGGCGGUAUGGAUGUCUCUUUCUUUAAUUAUACUCGAGGAUCUGGCGCUGGUUACAAACCAGGCUUUUUUGAAGGCGACUAUGCCAAAGGUGGAGCUUACGAAUUCACACCAGAAGUGCCUGUUAUUAUUUUUGGAGUACCCGCUGAAGGCAACGAAAUGGGUGAUUUGUUUGGCGUUCAUAUGCAUAGGGCUAACUUUACUAUGGUUUUCGAAGGUUUCUUCAAAGCUGAAGAAACAGGUCCAUACGAAUUCCGUAUCAAGACCAUUAAUGGUGUUAUGGUACAGAUGGGUGCUGAAAGGGAUUGUUGUGAGGACCCUAAGUCCAGUGUUGGAGACCGUGAAUUAUUCAAGUUGGUAAAUGAACCGGGAUCGGAAAAAACAAUUGAAAAGGCAAGUAUUCUUAACCUUCAGAAAGGCGAGUAUUAUCCAUAUAAGGUUGUUUGGUUCAAUGAUUAUGGAAGAUCGUUGAUCUGGUUUCAAGGUACCUCGCCAUCUGGACAGACUUUUGAUGUUUCCAAGCACUCCUAUAGAGCUGUGCAAAAGAAGGUCUUUCAUGAAGACUGUCCUGUUCCUGAGACUUCUUCCACUACCGUCAGAGGAGAUGUGAAAACGCCUGUUACUACUGUCACCACCAUGGCUCAUACUCCAGUCAAGAGGGUGACUAUUCCAUGGGAUUAUACCACGUCUUCUGGAGCUGAAUUCACUACAACCAGAAGUUACUUAGGUUCAACAGCUCGUACUACUACCAUUGGCGGCACUGAGUUGGUUGAAGAGCCUGCUCUGUUUACCACUAUCACCUCCACUUUUGAUGGCUCCAAGGCUCUGACUAUUUCACUUCCAUUCAAUUCAGAAUACCAGACUAUAGUGGUGGCUGUUCCAACCAGCAUGUCUUCUUAUACAGUUACUGGCGACGUCACAGAGACCAGGACACUGACGGUAACUUACGAUGGAACCGUGGUGGAGGUUGUUGAAGUACCUUCUCCUACCGUUACUUUUACUCAAACUUGGACAGGCUUAACGACUCGAACUGACACUUACCCUGGUGAUGUUGGAAAGACUGCUCAUGAGAUUGUUUUCGUACCCUCUCCAAGAACCACCAUUACAGAGAUUGCUCCAGUCACUGAGACAUUUACCAGAACUCUUCAUGGAGAAGAAGGUGGAACAGAGACUAUUGUGGUUAUUGUGCCUACUCCAUUAUCUACAACAACAUCUGCUUGGACUGGAGACUACACCAAGACAAAGACAGUUAGUGGACUUGACGAUGACCCUGGACUCAUUCUUAUUCAGAUUCCAAUUUCCUACACCACCUUGACUUCCAGUUGGACUGGCACGUACACCAGAACAGAGACUUUAACGGGUUCAGAGGAUGAUCCAUGGACUGUUGUGGUGGAGCCUCCAAUUUCGUACUCUACUUUGACGUCCACUUGGACUGGUACGGAAACCUUGACCACCACUUUACCAACAGGCCCAGACGGUUCUGGAACUGUUAUCGUUGCACUUCCCACUUCUUAUGCUACAACUUACACUACCACCUUCUCGUCUCAAGUGGAAGAUUCGUGGGUUGUUGACUCUGGCGUCGUUGUGGUGACUUCUGAAGAUGGUGCUUGGACAACCAAAACCACCACCUUCCCUCAUUUGACAAGCUACACUUACACAACCACUGCUACUGAUGACCUGGGAGAGGUUCAGACUGAUUCUGGUAUUAUCGUGGUGACUGCCUCUGAUGGUACUUUCACUACCAUUACUUCCCAGUUCCCUCACUUGGGUACUUCCACAUUUACCACUACUUCAGUUGGUCCUGAUGGCUCUGAGCAGACGGAUUCUGGUGUUGUCAUUGUUACUGCUUCUGAUGGUGUCUUUGCUACUGAAACCUCGAUGUUCCCCCAUAUUGGCAGAUCUACAUUUACCACGUCUUCAGUUGGUUCUGGUAAUUCCUGGGAAACCGAUUCAGGUGUUGUCAUUGUGACAGCUUCAGAUGGCAGCUUCACCACAACUACUUCUAUGUUUCCUCGUGUGGGCAGAAGCACUUUUACCACUACUUCCACUGAAGAGUCUGGAGAAGAGGUUACUGAUUCUGGUGUUGUGAUUGUGACUGGCUCAGACGAUGAUUUUACUACGUUGACUUCUAUGUUCCCACACUUGGGAAGAAGUACCUUUACCACAACGAGCUCUGACGAUCAAGGAGAGGAAAGCACUGAUUCUGGAGUACUUAUUGUGACAGCAUCCGAUGGUGAGUUUAUCACAACUACUUCAAUGUUUCCCCAUCUUGGAAGGUCCACUUUUACUACUACAGCAACGGAUGGUUUGGGAGAAGAAGUUACAGAUUCUGGAGUAGUAAUUGUUACGGAAACCGAUGGUGAGUUCUUUACCACUACUUCCAUGUUUCCUCACCUUGGGAGAACAACCUUCACGACAACAGACACAGAUGGUUUAGGUGAAGAGGUUACAGAUUCUGGCGUUAUUAUCGUUACCGAAACUGACGGUGAGUUUGUAACCACAACUUCGAUGUUUCCACAUUUGGGUAGAUCAACGUUUACCACAACUGAUACUGAUGGUUCCGGAGCCGAAGCUACCGAUUCUGGAGUUGUCAUAGUUACUGAGUCAGAUGGUUCUUUUGUUACUACAACGUCGAUGUUUCCUCAUCUUGGAAGAAGCACUUUUACCACUACCGAGACAGAUAAUUCUGGUGUCGAGGCUACCGAUUCUGGAGUUGUAAUUGUCACUGAGUCAGAUGGUUCUUUUGUUACUACAACGUCGAUGUUUCCUCACCUUGGCAGAAGCACUUUUACCACUACAGACACAGACGGUUUGGGAGAAGAGGUAACUGACUCUGGAGUAGUAAUUGUUACUGAGACUGAUGGUGAAUUCUUUACUACCACUACUAUGUUCCCUCAUCUUGGAAGAAGCACCUUUACAACUACUGGAACUGACAGUUCUGGCGAUGAAAAGACAGAUUCUGGUGUGGUGAUUGUUACUAGUUCGGAUGGCUCAUUUGUUACUACUACCCUGAUGUUCCCUCAUAUUGGAAGACUGACUUUUACAACCACCAGUGCUGAUAGCUUGGGCGAAGAAAGUACCAACUCUGGAGUAAUUAUUGUUACCGAGUCGGACGGCGAGUUUGCUACCACGACCUCGAUGUUUCCUCAUUUGGGUAGGUCAACCUUCACUACUACCGAAACUGAUGGUUCUGGCGUUGAAGCUACCGACUCUGGAGUCGUGAUUGUCACUGAAUCAGAUGGUGUGUUCACAACAACUACUUCCAUGUUUCCUCACAUUGGACGGUCUACUUUUACCACCACUGAAACAGACAGUCUCGGGGAGGAAGCUACAGACUCAGGAGUGAUAAUUGUGACAGAAUCAGAUGGUGAUUUCUUUACCACUACUUCGAUGUUCCCUCACAUUGGCAGAAGUACAUUCACAACAACUGAGACUGAUGGUCUGGGAGUGGAAAGUACUGACUCGGGUGUUGUUAUCGUUACUGGUUCAGAUGGAGAGUUCACUACUACAACCUCGAUGUUCCCACACUUAGGCAGAUCGACUUUUACUUCUACCGAGACUGAUUCAUCUGGAAACGAGCAAACUGAUUCUGGCGUGGUCAUUGUUUCAAAGUCUGACGAUACCUUUUUCACCACUACUUCUUUGUUUCCACAUGUUGGUAGGUCCACCUUCACCACAACCAGUUCAGGUAUUUCCGGCGAAGAAGCUACUGAUUCAGGUAUUGUGAUAGUUACAGAGUCGGACGGAGAGUUCACCACUACUACUUCAAUGUUCCCACGUUUGGGAAGAAGUACGUUUACUACCACUGAGACAGAUACCCUGGGACUGGAAAAGACAGACUCUGGUGUCGUCAUUGUGACAGCUUCUGACGAUACUUUCCUCACCACUACGUCUAUGUUCCCUCAUCUUGGAAGGUCUACUUUUACCACAACCAGUGUUGAAGGAAGUUUGGGAGGAGAGGUGACCGAUUCUGGAGUCGUUAUAGUCACAGCUUCUGAUGAUACUUUUAUUACCACGACUUCCAUGUUUCCUCGUGUUGGAAGAAGUACGUUUACUACUACUGAUGUGAUGAGUCUGGGUGAAGAGAUUAUUGAUUCUGGCGUUGUGAUUGUCACUGAGUCUGACGGUGAAUUCCUUACUACUACUUCAAUGUUCCCACAUUUGGGCAGAUCCACUUUCACUACAACUGAUACGGAUAGCCUGGGAGAGGAAGCCACGAAGUCAGGCAUUGUCAUUGUUACUGAAACCGAUGGUGAUUUUAUUACUACAACCUCCAUGUUCCCUCAAGUUGGCAGAAUUACCUUUACUACUACUGAAACGGACAGUGCUGGCGAUGAACAAACCGACUCUGGAGUGAUAAUUGUCACUGGAUCUGAUGAUACAUUUGUUACUACUACCCUGAUGUUCCCUCAUAUUGGAAGAUCGACGUUUACUACCACUUCAGCUGCUUCUGAUGGUUCUGAACAGACAGAUUCGGGAGUAGUAAUUGUGACUGGUUCAGAUGACGAGUUUGUUACUACCACUUCUAUGUUCCCACAUAUUGGAAGACUGACUUUCACUACUACUGCCACUGACGAAGCUGGUGAAGAAAGUACUGACUCUGGAGUGGUAAUUGUCACAGAAUCUGAUGGUGAUUUUAUUACUACCACAUCUAUGUUCCCACAUAUUGGUCGCUCGACGUUUACCACAACCAGUGCUAAUACCCUUGGAGAAGAGUCUACAGAGUCUGGAGUGGUGAUUGUUACGGAAUCCGACGGUGAGUUUAUGACCACCACUUCAAUCACUGAAGAUCUGGGAGAUGAAAUUACCGACUCAGGUAUCGUUAUUGUCACUGAAUCAGAUGGUGAAUUUAUGACUACAACUUCGAUGUUCCCACACUUGGGAAGGACUACUUUCACCACCACUGCAACAGACAGCCUGGGUGAGGAGCUCACUGAUUCUGGAGUUAUCAUCGUUACUGAGUCAGAUGGUGAAUAUGUUACCACUACCACGAUGUUCCCACAUUUGGGUAGAUCUACGUUUACCACCACUGACACUGAUAGUGCUGGAGCUGAAGCUACUGAUUCUGGAGUGGUGAUUGUCACUGAGUCUGAUGGUUCUUUCUUGACUACAACUUCCAUGUUCCCUCGUGAAGGUAGAGUGACGUUCACGACCACUGAGACUGACACUUUGGGUAACGAAGUCACUGAUUCUGGUGUGAUUAUUGUUACAGGAGGAUCCGAUGGUUCUUUCGCUACAACCACUUCUAUGUUCCCUCACAUUGGAAGAAGCACAUUCACAACUACCGACACGGAUAGCUCGGGUAAUGAAGCUACUGAUUCUGGGGUAGUUAUAGUUACAGAGUCUGAUGGAGAAUUUACAACUACUACUUCGAUGUUCCCUCGUGAAGGCAGAGUAACUUUUACAACUACCGAGACGGAUAGUUCUGGAGAUGAAAAGACUGAUUCUGGUGUCAUUAUCGUCACAGGCUCCGAUGGUGAAUUUGAAACUACAACUUCCAUGUUCCCUCAUAUUGGAAGAAGUACAUUUACAACUACCGAGACGGACAGUCUGGGACUGGAAAUGACUGACUCUGGUGUUGUCAUUGUGACCGCUUCUGACGAUACUUUCCUUACCACCACUUCUAUGUUUCCUCAUCUUGGACGGUCUACUUUCACUACUACGGAGACAGACAGUGUGGGAGAGGAGGUAACUGAUUCUGGUGUCGUGAUUGUAACAGCUUCUGACGGAACCUUUGCUACAACUACGUCUAUGUUCCCCCAUCUUGGACGGUCUACUUUCACUACUACACAAACAGACAGUUCAGGAGCAGAGGCUACGGAUUCUGGAGUCAUUAUUGUUACUGGAAGUGACGGUGAAUUUUUGACAACUACUUCUAUGUUCCCUCACGUUGGCGGAUCCACCUUCACUACUACACUGACUGAUAGCCAGGGAGACGAAAGAACUGAUUCGGGUAUCGUUUUUGUCACAGAGUCUGAUGGAGAGUUCAUAACUACAACUUCCAUGUUCCCUCACUUAGGAAGGUCCACUUUCACGACUUCUUCAAUGGAUUCAGACGGUCUGUGGCACACUGACUCUGGUGUGGUUCUUGUGACUGCAACAGAUGAUAUCUUCACUACAGAAACAUCCAUGUUCCCACAUUUGGGUGUAUCUACCUUCACCACUUCUUCUACUGAUUCACAUGGUGUUUGGCAGACCAACUCAGGUAUUGUCGCUGUUACUGCUACCAAUGAUACUUUUGCAACCACGACUUCCAUGUUCCCUCACUUGGGUAGAAGAACAUUUACUACUGAGUCGCUUGGUACAGAUGGUGUUGUUACUGAAUCUGGUGUUGAGAUAGUUACAGUUUCCGAUGGUGAAUUCGUUACCACUACUUCCAUGUUCCCUCAUAUUGGUAGGUCGACUUUCACUACCACUUCAGUUGCUUCUGACGGUUCUGAACAAACCGACUCUGGAGUAGUAAUUGUUACCGGUUCGGAUGACGAAUUUGCUACUACUACUUCUAUGUUCCCACAUAUUGGAAGAUCAACAUUUACUACUACUUCGGCUGCUUCCGAUGGUUCUGAACAGACUGAUUCAGGAGUGGUAAUCGUUACUGGUUCGAAUGGCUCAUUUGUGACAACUACUUCUAUGUUCCCUCACGUUGGGAGAUCAACUUUCACUACCACUGCUACCGAUGAAGAUGGUUCUGAAAAGACCGACUCUGGAGUGGUAAUUGUUACUGGUUCAGAUGACGAAUUUGUUACAACUACUUCUAUGUUCCCUCAUAUUGGAAGAAGCACUUUCACAACCACCAGUGCUGAUAGCUUGGGCGAAGAAAGUACUGACUCUGGAGUAGUAAUUGUUACAGAAUCUGAUGGUGAUUUUAUUACUACGACAUCUAUGUUCCCUCAUGUGGGUCGUUCGACAUUUACUACUACUGCAACCGACGAAGCUGGCCAAGUUGGAACCGAUUCUGGCGUGGUAAUUGUCACUGGUUCAGAUGAUACUUUCACUACUAUGACUUCAAUGUUCCCUCGUGUUGGAACAUCUACCUUCACCACUACUACUGGAGAUUUGGAUGACCUCAAGACGGAAUCUGGUGUGAUUAUUGUGGAAACUUCAGAUGAGACGUUUGUCACUAGAACGUCUAUGUUCCCUCAUGUUGGUGUUUCUACCUUUACCACUACUGCUACGGAUAGUGCUGGUGAUGAAAGUACUGAUUCAGGUAUUGUCGUUGUGACUGCUAGCGACGGUUCCUUUACUACAUCAACUUCCAUGUUCCCACACUUGGGCAGAUCGACUUUUACUACUUCUUCUGAGGAUUCCGAUGGUACCUGGUCAACUGAUUCUGGAGUUGUGAUUGUUACAGGCUCUGAUGGUGAAUUUGCUACUACAACCUCCAUGUUCCCACACUUAGGAACAUCUACAUUCACCACAACCGCUGCUGACAGUUUGGGAGAAGAACAGACAGACUCUGGCAUUGUCAUUGUGACAGCUAAUAACGAUACCUUCUACACUACCACUUCUAUGUUCCCACACUUAGGAAGAACCACGUUCACUACUACUUCGAAGAACGACUUGGGAGAAGAUGUGACUGACUCUGGUGUUAUCUUUGUUACUGCUUCUGACGGUUCUUUUACUACUGGUACUUCCAUGUUCCCUCACUUGACGAGAUCGACCUACACCACUACUAGAACUAAUAGUCAAGGCGAGGAGGAUGUUGAAUCUGGAGUUGUCAUUGUCACCAACGAAGACGAUACCUUUGCUACUACGACUUCCACAUUCCCUCAGGUCGGAAGAACGACAUUCACAACUACUGUGGAAAAUGGCUUUGGUGGAACCGACACUGACUCUGGCGUCGUUAUUGUCACUGCUGAUAAUGAUACAUUUACUACCAUGACUUCCAUGUUUCCUCAUGCUGGAAGACGGACUUUUACUACUACUGCAACUGAUAGCGCUGGUAACGAAGUUGUUGAUUCUGGAAUUGAGUAUAUUACAGCUACUGAGGACGACUUUACUACUGUCACUUCUAUGUUCCCUCAUAUUGGACGUUCUACCUUCACCACUACAGGAACAGAUGCUUUAGGCAAAGAAGCUGUUGAUUCAGGCGUUGUCAUUGUUACUGCCACUGAUGAUUCUUUCAUCACUACCACUUCUAUGUACCCACGCUUGGGCAGAUGGACAUUUACUACUUCUUCUGUUGGACUGGACGACUCUUGGCAGACUGAUUCUGGUAUUGUGGAAGUGACUGCUUCUGGUGAUACGUUCUACACUACUACUUCCUUGUUCCCUCGUGUGGGCGUCAGCACUUUUACUACCACUGCCACUGAUGAUUCUGGAGAGGAAAAGACGGAUUCUGGAGUUGUAAUCGUGACUGCUUCAGAUGAUGAGUUUACUACGUUGACUUCGAUGUUCCCUCAUAUUGGCAGAAGUACCUUUACAACUACUGCUACAAACGACGAAGGAGAGGUAGGAACUGAUUCAGGAGUAGUGAUUGUUACUGCUACUGAUGGAACUUUUGCAACUACUACUUCGAUGUUCCCUAGGGUUGGAAGAACCACUUUUACUACUUCUUGGGAAGCCUCUGACGGUUCCUGGCAAACAGAGUCUGGUGUUAUUGCAGUGACUGGAUCUGAUGAAACGUUUACUACCGAAACUUCGAUGUUCCCUCAUGUUGGUGUUUCAACCUUCACUACCACUUCAACUGACUUGUGGGGUGAGACUGCUACUGAUUCUGGUAUUGUAAUUGUUACUGCUGUUGAUGAUACAUUUACAACAACCACUUCUAUGUUCCCACGUAUUGGCAGAACUACCUUUACUACUACCGAGACUGAUGAUAUGGGAAGCACAGUUACUGCUUCUGGUGUUGUUGAAGUCAAAGCUCUGGAUGGUUCGUUUGUGACUACUACUUCUAUGUUCCCUCAGUUUGGAAGAACAACGUUUACUACUACGGCUACUGACCAGUCUGGAGAUGUCGAAGUUAAUUCUGGAGUUAUCAUUGUGACAGAACAAGACGACCAGGUUUUCACCACUACUUCUAUGUUCCCUCAUAUGACUCUUUCGACGUUUACUACAACUGCAACUGCAGAUGAUGGAUCUGUCCAGACUGAUUCUGGUAUUGUCUUGGUAACUGUUUCUGAUGGAGUUUACACCACAGAGACCUCCAUGUUCCCUCAUUUGGGCAGAUCUACAUUUACUACUACAUCUGUUGGUACAGACGAUUCGUUACAGACUGAUUCUGGUGUGGUUAUUGUUACUGCUACGAAUGGUUCUUUUGCAACCACCACAUCCAUGUUCCCACAUAUCGGUAGAUCAACUUUCACUACUACUGCAACUGACGAAGCUGGUGAAGUUGGAACCGAUUCGGGAGUGGUGAUUGUUACUGGUUCAGAUGGCGAGUUCGUUACAACUACAUCCAUGUUCCCUCGUUUAGGACGUUCUACUUUUACCACCACUUCAGUUGCUUCUGAUGGUGAUGAACAAACCGACUCUGGCGUUGUAAUCGUUACUGGUUCGGAUGGCUCAUUUGUUACUACUACCCUGAUGUUCCCUCAUAUUGGAAGACUGACUUUCACAACCACUAGUGCUGAUAGCUUGGGCGAAGAAAGUACUGACUCUGGAGUGGUAAUUGUCACUGGAUCUGAUGAUGGUUUUGUUACUACUACUUCGAUGUUCCCACAUACUGGAAGACUGACUUUCACUACUACUGGAACUGAUAGUUCUGGCGAUGAAAAGACAGACUCUGGUGUUGUCAUUGUGACCGCUUCUGACGAUACUUUCGUUACCACCACUUCUGUGUUCCCCCAUGUCGGAAGAAGCACCUUCACUACUACUGCUACUGACGAAGAAGGUCAAGUUGGAACAGAUUCUGGAGUAGUAAUUGUGACUGCUUCGGGUGAUGACUUUGUUACUACCACUUCGAUGUUCCCUCGUUUGGGACGUACUACGUUUACUACUACCGCUACUGACGAGGAUGGACAUUUGGCAACUGACUCUGGUGUCGUCAUUGUGACUGCUUGGAAUGAUACCUUUACCACCACUACCUCGAUGUUCCCACGUCCUCUGGAACCACUUUCUUCGCUGGCUGAAUUGACCAGCCAAGCCGAGAGCAGUUCGAUGGUUACUGAUGUUUCUGAUGUUGUUUCUUCUUCCGCUUACAGCAAUACCACCGAAUCUGAAAGCUCUUAUGUUACUGAGAGCCUGGCUUUGGAAAGCAGCUCUGUUCAUCUUGAUACUGGCAGAACUACGUUUACCACUUCCUCUGUUGGUGCAGAUGGUAACUGGCAAACUGAUUCUGGUGUUAUAAUUGUGACUGCAACUGAUGAUUCUUUGACUACUACAACUACCAUGUUCCCACACUUGGGAACUGUGACUUUCACUACUACGGUUGCUGAUAAAAAUGGAGCGCUUGAGACCCAGUCUGGUAUUAAGAUCGUUACUGCUUCAAAUGGUACUUUCACAACUACCACUUCCAUGUUCCCUGCUUUGGCAGAAUCAUCCUCCGCUUUCGUUUCAGAAGAACCAAGCUCUUCCGUUGAAGCCUCUUCUUUAUCUUCCCUGGCUCCUAUCUUGGGAAGAACGACGUUCACUACUUCUUCAGUUGAUGCCAACGAUUCAUGGCAGACCGAUUCUGGUGUGAUCAUUGUGACCAUGUCUGACGAUACUGUGAUAACUACAACUUCGAUGUUCCCUCACUUAGGAAGAUCCACUUUCACCACUACUGGAACUGACGAUUUGGGUUCUGCAAGUACUGACUCUGGCGUGGUUAUCGUGACAGCCACAGAUGGUUCCUUCACCACGACAACUUCCAUGUUCCCUCAUGUUGGAAGACAGACUUUCACUACUACCCAGACAGACAGUUCAGGAGCUGAGGCUACUGAUUCUGGAGUCAUCAUCGUUACUGAAAGCGACGGAGAGUUCUUGACCACUACUUCUAUGUUCCCUCAUGUUGGAACUGUGACCUUCACUACUUCUUCAGAAGGUACUGACGGUUCGUGGAGCACUGAUUCUGGUGUGGUUAUUGUGAGUGCUACUGAUGAAGACUUUACUACUAUUACUUCGAUGUACCCACAUGUUGGUAUUUCUACUUUCACCACGACUGUUACUGACAGUAUGGGAGGAGAAAUGGUUGACUCUGGUAUUGUGGUUGUCACAGAUAACGAAGGAGAAUUCACAACACAGACUUCGAUGUUCCCUCAUUUGACAAGAUCUACUUUUACGACGACUAGAAAUGGCGACAAUGGAGAUUACGAAAGCGAAUCUGGUGUGGUCAUUGUGACUAAGGAGAACGAUUCCUUUAUCACCACUACGUCUAUGUUCCCUAAACCUUCAGCUUCUUCAAGUGAUAUUCAGAGCAGUUCCGAAGCUGCUGUUUCGUCCGUUCCUUAUUCCAGUUCUGAAGAGCUUCCACACUUGACGAGAUCUACUUACACUACAACCAGAACUGUUUCUGGGAGCGAGGAAGUUGAGUCUGGCGUUGUUAUCGUUACUACCACAGAUGGCUCAUUUACUACGUUUACUUCCACUUUCGACCUGGUCCUUGUUCCUUCGUUCAAGUCUUCAUGGCACUAUACCAAUACCAGUGCUGAAGCUUCUUCUUCGCUGUUCGAGUCCAUGACUGAACCUUUGCUUACAAGUGUGGAUGUCGUUGUUUCUUCUGUUCCAGAGACCUCUUCAAUUGAGGUUCCUCAGAGUUCUGCUCCAGUUACACCUUCUGAGCUUUACUCGUCUGAAGAGCCAGUUUUGGUUUCUACUGAGUCCGUGGUUUCUACUGAGUCCGUGGUUUCUACUGAGUCCGUGGUUUCUACUGAGUCCCUGGCUUUACCUGUUUCCCUGGCAUUCCCUGCUUCCCUGGCAUUCCCUGCUUCCCUGGUAUCUGACGAUUUUGUGACUUCCAUGGAACCUAUUGUUUCUGCUGAGCCAACUUCUUCCCUGGCCCCAGUUGAAUCGCCUAAGGAUGGUGUCGUUUCUUCGCUGUCUUUGUUUACUUCUGCUAGCGCAUCGCCUGAAGGUUCAUCUUCCACUGUUUCUUCGACUACUGAAUUGAGCGAUGCUGUUGUUACUUCUUCCUCCAGUUUGAUCGACGAAUCUGCUGACUCAGGCAUGCCAACUUCUUCUUUGAACUUUACUACAGAUGGUACGCCUGACGUUGUUUCAUCAACCGUUGCUGCUGGUGUCUCUAGUACACAGAGUGUUGAUGAUGGUGCUUUGGAAACUCCAAUUGAAACGUUGACACAUACUUUGAGUGGCCCUCACCAGCAUGAUACCCCAGUUAGCACUGCUUCUGGUGGACAAGGACAAGAGAAGCCAUCGCCAAAUGACGUCAAUGGUCAUAGUGAUGGAUCCUUGCCAACUGAAGCUCCUGGCUCAGAUGAAGAACGUCCAGGUAAUGCUAGUCCAGUAACUACAGCCUUGGAGCCAGAAAAUACCCAUAAUGCUGGCACUGGCUCUAACUCUGGAAACGGUUCUAACUCUGGAAACGGCUCUGGAAGUGGUACUGGAAAUGGUACUGGAAAUGGUACUGGAAAUGGUACUGGAAAUGGUGCUGAAAAUGGUUCUAAUAACGCUUCUAAUAACGGUCCAGGCUCUGGUUCUGAAAAUGGUUCUGAAAAUGGCUCUGGCUCUGGUGCUGAUUCUGAUUCUGAUUCUGGUUCUGGUUCUGGUUCUGGUUCUGGUUCUGGUUCUGGUUCUGGUUCUGGUUCUGGUUCUGGUUCUGGUUCUGGUUCUGGUUCUGGUUCUGGUUCUGGCGUUGAUUCUGGAAACGGUGAAGGCCACAAUGGCAAUGGGUUGCAAGGUGGUAAGCCUGGAGUAUCUCCUGGCAAUGGCCAAGCAGCAAACACUGUUGAAGGUCAAGAUGGUAUGACUACAGCUGGUAAUUCACCAGUCCAAACUGCUUCUCCAGGCUCUUCUCAAGGAAAUGGAGCUGCUGGAGAUGGUAAUGCUGGUAAUGCUGGUAACGCUGGUAAUUCUGGUUCUGAAAACAUUGAAGGUUCAGAAAACGCUCAAGGUUCAGCAAACGUUCAAGGUUCAGAAAAUGCUGAAGAUUCUGGUAACGCUGGAACCUCAGGCAAUGCUGACAACGCUGUUGACGCUGGAAAUAAUAACGUUCCAGGCUCAGAAACCGUUGAAGGUUCUGGCAACGCUAACGGCGCUGGUCAACCUGAAGGACACGGACACAAGUCUGACGAGUCCAACUUCGUGUCUACUUCGUUGAGAUUCAAGACAACCAUCACUAGCUCAUCUUCUGAAGCUAAAGAUACCGUCCCAACAGUUAGCACUUACAACGACAGUGCUUCUGGAUUAAGUGGAAGCCCCUUCCUUCUUUUCAUUGCUUCCAUCAUGAUGAUGUUCGUUUAG